AUGGCCGACCAAGAACGGAAGAGGCGAAGGCCUGCUGUUUCUUGCGCUCUCUGCAGACGGCGUAAAAUUCGAUGUAAUAGGCAAACUCCCUGUGGAAACUGUGUGCGUUCCAAGAGCGGUCACUGUGUUUAUGGCGAUGAGCCACUCGGAACUCCAUUACGCAAUCUUGCACCGGCUCAAGGAUCACGGAAGCAAGUCCAUGUAUUGCCUGCUUCCGAGUCUCCUAAUGUUGGAAGUGACUCGACGACAAAUAGAUCCAGACUCGCUUCCGGCCUACAGAGGUGUAAACUGCUAGCAAAGAUCAUAAAAGCGCAGUUGGCACCUCCGUGGCCAGUACCACCAACAUCCGAUUUACCACCAAAAGCCCUCGCCGACAAGCUCCUGGACUGUUAUCUGCGAACCACAGAGACGAUAUAUCGAAUCCUCCAUAUCCCCACGUUCAAAAAGGAUUAUGACGAGGCAUGGUUAACCGACAAAACUCCGGACACAGCGUUCCUCGUCCAACUUAAGCUGGUACUCGCCAUCGGGGCUACCACAUAUGACGAAAAAUUCUCCCUGCGCGCUUCAGCCAUUAGGUGGGUCCAUGAGGCCCAAACGUGGCUUGCAGAACCAGAAUUUAAAGCAAGGCUAAGCCUCCAAGUACUGCAGACUAAUCUCCUGCUGCUUGUUGCUCGGCAAACGGCAAGCGUCGGUGCAAGUAUGAUCUGGAUUUCAGCAGGCUCUCUCAUUCGAAACGCAAUAUAUAUUGGGUUGCAUCGGGAUGCCGCAUGUUUGCCGGAAGGGACAGUUUUUUCUAUCGAGAUGCGCCGGAGGCUGUGGAACACCAUCUUAGAAAUAGCUCUUCAAUCGAGCCUAGACUCCGGGGCGCCCCCUCUCAUUUCACUACAAAGCUUUGAUACCGAACCACCUCACAACUUUAAUGACAAUCAAUUGAUGCUUGGGAAUCUGCUUCCAGCAUCAGAUGAUACCUUCACACAAAUGUCUGUUGCCAUCGCCCUCCGUAAAACAUUUCCAAUUCGCCUUGCGGUUACCGAAUUUUUGAAUAAUUUUCAAUCCGCUAGUUCGUACGAGGAAACGCUUCAGCUCGAUGGCGCAUUGAGGAAAUCAUAUAAAGAGCUGUGUCGUACACUUCAAGGUCUUAACUCAGCCACAGGGUCCUCCCCCUCUCGAUUCCAAAUCCAGGUAGUAGACUUCAUCAUGCAUCGCUAUUUCUUGGCUCUUCACAUCCCUUUCUUCGUCCCGCCUUUACGCGAGGCAGCCUAUGCGUUCUCUCGGAAUGUAGUAGUGGACGCGUCGUUGAAAAUCUGGCGCGCUGUUCUGCUUCCCUCUUCUCACAGUGAUGAAAUCUCUCCACUAAAUGGGGACGAUCUAGAGCGACUGGCAAUCUGUGGAUCUCAAUUCUUUCGCGUGAGUGCUUUGCAGGCCUGCUUUAUGGUAGCAGCCGAACUCAUAUUCCAGCUCCAAGAAGAGAACAGCUUAAGUCCUGCACCCUUACGUCCUGAUCUACUAUCAAUAGUAAAUGAUGCUGUGAAUUGGUCCUUCCGGUGUGUUGAGGCCGGAGAGACCAACAUCAAGGGACAUCUCUUCAUGUGUUUGGUAGAUGCGCGGCUUGACGGACUCAUACGAGGCGUAGGAAAAGACGAGCUUCCAGCAUCAUUAAUCAGGGCAGUAGAAAACGGCCAGGAAAACUGUUUGCGAGUCCUGGAGGAAAGGGCUGCUGAGGGCCAGACAGGAGCGAGAGUAGAUUUGUUUGGCAAAACGGGGAUUGACACGCCCAAAGGUAUGGAAGACUGGGAUAUUAUGAUGCCGAUUGGCCAGUUCAAUUUCGAUAGCGGAGAUCCUAUGAAUUGGUGGUUUGACGAUGAAACGAUGGAACGUUUACCACUCUAG